CGGCAGGGGUUAAUCCGCGAGCGCAGAGAAUGGGCCGCGCUGUUUCCAGGGUGACGGCUCGGAGUGUUCCGGAUCGUACCAUUGUGCGGGGAGGGGGGAGGAGAAGGCUUCAGCCGUCGCCAGACCCAGCCCAGCGCCGCCUCCUCCUCUCCCCCUCCCCCCGGCCUGAGCGCGGCGCCUGGGCCCAGCGGCGAGCGCAGCGCGGAGGAGCGAAGCAGGCGGAUCCCGUCGGCGGCAGCGCGGGGCCUGGGCCCAGAGCGGCGGGGUCGGUAGCGGCGGCGCGGCCCCUUCUCCCCCCGCGCGGGGCAGCGGGCGGCCCCGGGCUGCGGGGCUCGGAGACAAAGGAGGCGGCGGGGCUCGGAGCCGGCACCAGGGACCGAGAGGAGCCUCCGGGAGCCCCCGCCCGGGGUAGGCGGCACAAUGCGGCACGGGGCGGCCCGCCCGCACCGGCUGCAGCAGCGCGGGGGCCGCAGCGCGGCCCGCCCGGAGCGGGGAUAGAGGCGGCGGCCGGAGCCCCAGAGCCGGGCCGGGCCCCUCCCGCGAGCAGCGUCCCCCCGGCCUGUCACACGGGGCGGCGAUGUGAGGGCCCCGGAGCCGGCAGCAGCCACAGCCGAGCAGCGGGGACCCAGCGGAAGCGGCAGCUGGCCGGGCCCGGAGGAGCCGAGCAGCGGGGAUCCGGCGGGCGCGGCAGCCGGCCGGGCCCGGAGGAGCCGAGCAGCGAGGACCCGGCGGGCGCGGCGGCCGGGCCCGGGUGUGCGAUGGAGACGCACAUCUCGUGCCUGUUCCCGGAGCUGCUGGCCAUGAUCUUCGGGUACCUGGAGGUGCGGGACAAGGGCCGGGCGGCGCAGGUGUGCACGGCCUGGCGGGACGCCGCCUACCACCGCUCCGUGUGGCGGGGCGUGGAGGCCAAGCUGCACCUGCGCCGCGCCAACCCCUCGCUCUUCCCCAGCCUGGCGGCGCGGGGCAUCCGGCGGGUGCAGAUCCUGUCGCUGCGGCGCAGCCUGAGCUACGUGAUCCAGGGCAUGGCGGAGAUCGAGAGCCUCAACCUGAGCGGCUGCUACAACCUCACCGACAACGGGCUGGGCCACGCCUUUGUGGCGGAGAUCGGCUCGCUGCGGGCGCUUAACCUGAGCCUCUGCAAGCAGAUCACCGACAGCAGCCUGGGCCGCAUCGCUCAGUACCUCAAGGGCCUCGAGGUGCUGGAGCUGGGCGGCUGCAGCAACAUCACCAACACCGGCCUCCUCCUCAUCGCCUGGGGUUUGCAGCGCCUCAAGAGCCUCAACCUGCGCUCAUGCCGUCACCUCUCUGAUGUGGGCAUUGGGCACCUGGCGGGCAUGACCCGCAGUGCAGCUGAGGGCUGCCUGGGCCUGGAGCAGCUCACGCUGCAGGACUGCCAGAAGCUCAGUGACCUCUCACUAAAGCAUCUGGCCCGAGGGCUGGGACGCCUCCGCCAGCUCAACCUCAGCUUCUGUGGGGGCAUUUCAGAUGCGGGGCUGCUCCACUUGUCCCACAUGAGCAGCCUGCGCAGCCUCAACCUGCGCUCCUGUGACAAUAUCAGUGACACAGGCAUCAUGCAUCUGGCCAUGGGCAGCCUGCGCCUUUCGGGCCUUGAUGUUUCCUUCUGUGACAAGGUGGGGGACCAGAGCCUAGCCUAUAUUGCACAGGGCCUGGAUGGGCUGCGUUCCCUCUCCCUCUGCUCCUGCCACAUCAGCGAUGAGGGCAUCAACCGUAUGGUGCGCCAGAUGCAUGGGCUCCGCACGCUCAACAUUGGCCAAUGUGUCCGUAUCACUGACAAGGGCCUGGAGCUCAUUGCAGAGCACCUCAGCCAGCUCACAGGCAUUGAUCUUUAUGGCUGCACCCGCAUCACUAAGCGGGGCUUGGAGCGCAUCACCCAGCUGCCCUGUCUCAAAGUGCUCAACCUGGGACUUUGGCAAAUGACUGAGAGCGAGAAGGUCAGGUGAGAGGAGGGGGCACCUGGAAACCUCCAUCCUCUCUGGAGGGACUCACUGACUGACUGCUGCAAUGGAGGAGAGCGAGCGGGGGGGCACACACAGAGCCAUGCUACCUGCCCACUCCAGCACUGGAAGGAGGGAGGGAUAGAGAGCGCCCACCCCUAUCCUUUCCAUGCCACCUACCCACCUCUGCACUGGCUGGGGCAGGAGAGGGAAGAGAGACCCCCCCAUUUCUUCCAUGCCAUCCCCAGCCCUUCAUUGGGAAUACAGUACCCCUUUCCUCAUCCUUCUCUGCAUUGGGGAUAGAGGCCUGCAAUUUUAUGCACUGGGGCUGGAGAUACCCCUCCCCACUCCAGCUCUGAUUCUACCCCCUCAUGCACUAGGGAUUGAUGAAGAAAGUCCCCCUAUUCUUAUUCACCUCCAGUCCUCAGUUUUGGGAAUAGGGACCUUCUUGAAUGGGGGUGGGAAUGGAAAUGGGAACAACCCCCCCCCCCCCCAAAAAAAA